AUGUUAAACAGAUUGCUUCCUCACCAAGUCAGUAUCAACAACACGUCCGCAACUGAUGGCGGGCAGACCUUUGCGGGAGUCAAUUUUGGUUCUGUUUCUUUUGCAGGCACUGAGAGUUGCGCAACCGUUUCUGAAGAGAAAGCCAGCCGCUGUCGAAAUGCCCUCUUCCUCUCAGACCCAUAUGUUGAUCGAGAGUGCCUUAUAAGUGAGAAAGGAACGAGAGUCGCUGGCACCUGUGAAUGGAUCACACAACAUGAGAGCUACCGGGCCUGGCUGUAUGGCGACACGCCCUUUCUCUGGAUAUCUGGGGGCCCUGGCAGGGGGAAAACUAUGCUUUCCAUCUUCCUUACUGAAGAACUAGAGAGAGUUGUGCAGAAUGUGGAAGAUGCAAAUCUGAUAUUCUCUUUCUGUACCCAUAAGGAUGAGAAGCACAAUACUGCCGUCGCCAUUAUCCGGGGGCUGGUGUAUCAGAUUGUCACACACCGUCCAAAGCUGAUCAAGCAUGUAUUACCGUCCUUUGAAACCCCUGAAAAGGCUCGCCAAACCCUAUCCUCUCUGGAUGCCCUUUGGGUGAUUUUCAGAAGACUGGUCCAAGAUAUCGACAUCGGUACAACAUUCUGCGUGAUUGACGGACUUGAUGAGUGCGACGAAGCUGCCUUAAGUGUACUAGUGCCAAAGCUGGCCGACAUUUUUUCCCUGGAAUCAUCACAACCGGCUACCAGACUAUUCAAAAUGGUGGUUAUCAGCCGUGAUAUACCUGGUUUACGAGGCUCUCUCCAAGUAAAGCUCGAUCCUGAUAAUGACGAGCGAGUCGCCAGCGACAUUAAACUAUUUAUCGCCUCUCGAGUCGCAGAGCUAUCAAGAAUGGAAGGAUUUAAUGAUGAGUUUGUUACAACUGUACAGACAAGUCUUCUUGAACGCUCCGAGGGAACCUUUUUAUGGGUCGGUUUCAUUAUGAAAGAGCUAUCUCGAAAACGAACAUGCACGGAAGUGCUUGAAACUCUUGGAAGUCUUCCCAGCGGCCUUCCCGCGUUAUACAGCCGCAUGCUAUUGCAGAUUGAAAGCAAACAUCGAGCUAUCAGUUCUGUAAUCUUGCGAUGGGUUACAAUGGCUGCUCGCCCUCUAACAUUACAGGAACUGGCAGCUGUGGUGGGUAUUCGAUCCUCUAAUCUGAUUACUGCACAGCAAGCUAUCCGUGAUCGAAUCACUCUCUGCGGGCUUUUCCUUAAGAUACAGGGGCAAGAAGUUGUCCUUGUCCAUCAGUCGGCUCGCGAUUAUCUCUUGCGAAAGGAGCCGGACAGUGAUAUCGUGUUGGAAUAUUUUCGGAUCAAGUCAGAGGAAGCACAUCUAAUGCUAGCUCAGGCCUGCCUUGAUUGUCUUGCACACAGCAGUCUGCAGUACGAACCCCUAGAUCUAAAUAAUGAGUCCUAUUCGCAGGAGUCUCCUCUCUUGAAUUACGCAGCGUUUCACUGGCCUGUGCACGCACAGCGCUCGUCUGUGCUCGCAGUACAACUCUUGGGCUUCUCGAAGACGUUUUUCCAUGAGGAUUCUGAUCUGCGGAAGAAUUGGAUGCCCAGUUUCAACAAAUCCGUGGACAAGAAGGAUGCACGGGGGCGGACGGCACUAUACUGGGCAUCUUCCAAGGGGCACGAAGCGGUAGUACGGCUGUUGAUUGAACGGGGAGCGAACGUCAGAGUGAAGGACAAACUGGGUCUGACAGCGCUGUACCAGGCAUCUUCAAGUGGACAUGAGGCAGUAGUGAAGCUGCUACUUGAGCAUGGGGCAGAUGUCAAUGCAAGGAGCGCGUCUAAAGGGUGGACAGCACUCUUUGAAGCAGCUUCUAAUGGCCAUAAAGCUGUGGUGCAGCUGCUGCUUGACUGCGGGGCAGACGUCAACAUGAAAGAUGAGAAUGGGCGGACGCCGCUGUAUCAGGCAGCAUCCAGAGGACAUGAGGCAGUGGCAGGGCUGCUAGUUGGCCAUGGAGCUGAUAUCAAUGCAAGAGAUAAUGAUGGGCAGACAGCACUGUUCCGGGCGUCUUCCAAUGGUGAUGAGGCUGUGGUGCAGUUGCUGGUCAACCGCAAAGCAAAUGUCAACGUGGCGGACUACUUUCGCGGGAUGACACCGCUAUCCCAGGCAGCUUCCAGAGGUCAUGAAGGGGUAGUGUCCUUGCUACUUGACCAUGGAGCAGACAUCAAUGCAAAGGACAGUGGCGAGUGGACGGCACUGGAUGUAGCGGCAUUCAAAGGGCAUGAGGAGGUUACUGGAUAUGGCUUCGAGUAUGCGUGUACAGAAUUUUCAACAGUAUUGUUAUGCUGCCACUCGACGUUCAGCAAAGUCGGAAGAGUCUGA